AAGGAACGUUAUGGAUACCUUAACGUUGGAGGUCGACCAGGCGCAGGAAGUGAUUUCCUUGAUCCCAGACGUCAUAGUUACGGUUGUUCAGUUGCGUCUUCUGCAAAUUCCUUACUUACUGGUGGUAUCUGUGAGGGUCCCUUUUCAUCAAAUCUUUUCGGGUCGGGUCAGAACAGUCGACGACCUUCAGCGCCAAUAUUUGAGCGUCUUACUGGAUCACCUAGUUGCCGUAAGCCUCCAAUUAUCAUGAACUUUUGA